AUGCGUUUAAUGAGCUUCAAGAACCGACUGUGUGAGACUCCAAUACUAGGCUACCCGGAUCAAGAUGGUGAAUAUGUGGUAGAUACAGAUGCCAGUGGAAUUGGCAUUGGAGGUGUACUAUCACAAGUAAAAGGUGAGCACGAGCAAGUAAUAGCCUACUUCAGCAAGUCAUUGUCGAAACCAGAACGGAACUACUGUGUCACUCGGAGGGAACUACUGGCUGUUGUGAAGACGCUGCAGCACUUCAGUAAAUACUUGCUAGGUCGCAAGUUCCGUCUUAGGACAGAUCAUGCUGCAUUAAAAUGGCUACUUCAGUUCAAGAAUCCGGAAGGACAAGUGGCUCGAUGGAUCGAACAACUGCAAGAGUAUGACUUUUGCUACUGA